AUGUUGAAGGCAUCUAGGAGUCAGUACGUUUGCUGGAGGUGCAUUGCACAAGGUCGCAAUAGCCUACAAUCUCCCAGCGCAGUGGUUGCUCGUCGAUUGGAUUCUGGGCAAAGACACUCUGUUACUACACAACAACGCCCAUCAGAGCAUGGCUUUGGUCCAACAAACAUCCCAAAGGCUACCCCUGCGGCACCUCAAGUCCCCGCAUAUCGGGAUAGACGGCCUAUACGAGAACAGUUACGAGACUGGGUCCCCGAAGGCGACAAGAGUUCCAUCGAACACCUCAUCCCCGACCGCACCUUCUACGGGAAAGUAACCAACAGUAACACUAGACCUCAGUCGACGGGUUCCUCAGAACUGGACUAUUUCAGAUCUUCUCUGGGGGGCAUGGCCGAAAUUCCUGAUGGUGCCAGAAGUGAGGAUGCCGAGGUUGCCGUCGUUGGCUCUAGUGCCCGGGUUCCUGGCGACCUGGUUGAGAUGAAGCAACCUGGCUCUCGUACCCCAGUCUUUGGUAUCUAUCUGGGUUACUUUGGAGACCGACAUCACUUCUAUGCCAGCAAUGGCAGGUGGAUCAUCAGCCUCGGCUUUUCUGCCCUUUUUACGGUGUCCAAUUUCGCCACUGCUUCAGAGAUACAGCCAUUGCUAGCCAUGCUCCCGAUGGAUGCCACCUCAGACGAGCUUCAGGAAUUGCAGAGGGACGACAAAGGACCUUCGCGGGAGGCUGGUGCUCAGCUGAUUAAAAAGAUGGGCAAGUUUGUCUCGUCCGCUGAUGAAUACUACCAAAACAGUCUCACCAACUUGGAUAAAGCGAGGGCUCUGGUCUCGGAUGGUAAGAAGACGAAAUACCUCAGUCUCUUCGAGAUUACCGAGAUGCUCUUACCCAAGGCCGCUAGACAGGGCAAGAGCUUCUCACCCGCUGCUCUCUAUGCCGUCCACACAGCCCUCUACCGAAAUGACUUGAUUUUCCGACCCCUCAGUCCCUCAUCUGACUGUCAUCGACGGGACCACCUCUUCGAGGUUUUCCCAUAUUUUGACAUCACAAUGAUCAAUCGUGUUUCCACACUGGCACGGGACUACACUGCUGCGAAGAGCGAUGACCUACAGGGUCCUUCUCCUGAGGAAUUCGCGGAAACGUCACUGGGUAAGUUCAUAUUAAAGGCUAGAAAGGUUGUCAAGGCCAGUCGUGCGAAGCGUUCAUGGACCCCGCAUGGAAUUCUAGCCCCUUCAUCCGGAGUUACUGUGGAGGAAGUAGAUUGGUCGAGAUCCAACAUGGACAUUAUUCGUUACAUCGAGUGGUGGGCGAGCUAUAACCUCUUUGAGGAUUCCUCCCGUUACCACGCCUAUGGCUCUAUCAUCCUCCGAGCUUUGGAUCUAUACGACGAUGCAGUUCUGGACCAGAGUACCGCUUGGACCUUUCUCCAAGAGCUUGGUAUGAUCCCACCGUGGGAGAUCCCGUCUCGAUACACAGUCCGGUUUCCAGGAGUCAAGAUCGAGAGAGGCGGAGGCCUGGUUCGCGAUACGCCAACUAACCUCGAGGACUCCCGACGACCCGACAUCGCUGCGGGCGCCAGAAAGGAAUGGACGGAUGUGAAUGUCCUCUGCAUUGAUGCUCCCUCGACAAUGAUCAUCGACGACGGUGUCUCCCUGGAGAGGACAGAGAAGUCCGACGAGUUCUGGAUCCACAUUCACACGGCCGAUCCUGCGUCAGGAUUGCUGCCGGAUUCAGAGUUGGGCAAGUUCAUGGAGUUGAUACCUGAGAAUAUUUACCUCCCUGGUCACUUCCAAGCCAUGUUGCCGUCUGACGUGGGGGUGGACAACUCAAAUGACUACAAAUCUGAAGGCCUUGUGCAGAGCUAUUCCCUAGCAGCAGGACGGCCGGCUCUGACGUUCAGUGCGAAGGUCAAUGAAGCCGGCGAACUCCUCGACUACAAAGUUGAGCCGGGUGUUCUCCACAAAGUGACAUAUCUGGACCCAGAGGAUGUCUCCAAGUUUUGUCAGGAACCCGCACCUCCUGCUGUCCCUGAGAUGACUCUCACUGUCGGGACACUUCCGAAGAAGGCCAAGCUAGCUCCCAACCGGCCGAUGAUUGCCGCCGAGAACUUGGAUGCCGAAAGCAAGAAGGACCUCUUGACAUUGUAUCGCCUUGCUGAAGCCCUCAGGCGGAAGCGGUUGGAUAAGGGAGCGUGGCCCUACUUUACCCCUGGGCCGUCAGUCGCAGUUGCAUUCGAGGAUGUCCCAGUGGUGGCAGGAUCGUCGACGACCACCAAGGUGCUGCCCCCAGAUCCCUAUAUCAAGGUCAGCUACGAGUCCUCCAACGGUGCAUCGGUGGUUUCCAACACCAUGGUGCUCGCCGGUGAGAUUGCGGCGCGGUGGUGUUCAGAUCGUGGCAUCGCUCUCCCAUACCGCAAGGACGCCAACUCGUCGUCCAACUUUGCAGCAAUUCACGAGUACGCUACGAAAGAAAUCUACCCUCAGCUGAACAAGGGAACGCCAGCGACGGCGGCACAGCGUCAGGAGCUCUCCCGUCUGACCGGGGGCAUCCAAAUCUCGUCGACGCCAGGUCCUUAUUUCAUGCUCGGCCUGGACAUGUACGCCAAAGCCACGUCCCCCUUGCGUCGCUUCUCCGACCUCAUCGUCCAUUGGCAAGUGCACGCGGCGCUGGCUCAUGAGCGAAAGGAGCGGCGGCGGAUCGAUGCAUCCGUCGAUGACCUAGACAGCAUCCUCCCCUUUACGUCGGAGGGCCUCGCCAACACGCUCUCUCUCCUGCACAUGCGCGAGAAGAUGGCGCGGGUCGUGUCAUACGGUGUCAAGGAGUGGAUACUCAUGGCACUUGUACGAGCAUGGAAAUUCGAGAAAACUGAUCUGGGUCGGAUGGUGUUCACAGUUGACUCGCCAUGGCGACAGGGUCUGAUGGGCCGGAUCGACCUGUUCAACCUCAAUGCCAUUAUGGACAUCGAAGGCAUCAAUGCGCAAGUCCUUGUCAAAAACGUCAAGGUGGGCGACCAAUUCGAGGUUGAGCUCGCCGACGUCAACGUUCACUCGCAGAACAUCCUCGUCAAGGCCAUCAAAUACCUGGGACACGCCGAGACAGCAUCCUCAUGA